GCGUCACUGGAGUCCUGAGGCGUCUGGGCCGUCUCGGAAGGAGAGGGUGGAGGCCGCGGCCAGCUGGAGGCGCAGUCAUGCCCCGGUAUUACGAGGACAAGCCUGAGGGCGGCGCGUGCGCGGGCGUGAAGGAGGAUCUGGGCUUGUGUCUGCUCCAGUCUGACUGCGUGCUCAAGGAAGGAAAAUCCCCUCGGCAGUGUCUGAAGGAAGGAAACUGCAAAGCUUUGAAAUACUCAUUUUUUGAGUGUAAAAGAUCAAUGUUGGAUGCCAGAUCAAGAUUCAGGGGAAGAAAAGGAUAUUGAUACUACUAUGUUGAAACCAAGAUGAAAACAACAAAGGACUCUGGUCAUUAAUCCAGAGAAGCCAAAAUAAGAAACAUACUUUUUGUUACAUCUGUUCAGGUGGACCAGUUUUUUCCUCCAUGGAACAAGAAAAUGGAUGAGUUCUGGUUUUCAGUAGGUAUAAAUGAUUCUCUUGCUCUAAGCUAUUCUUAGAAUAAAAAUUUAAUUGAAUAGUUGUGAGCUGAGAACAUAAUAGAUGUGUGUUUUAAGAAUUUUUCUGAAGCACGGGGAAUAGAAAGAUUGUUAGUUUCUAGCUUGACUUCUCUACUAGAUGACACAAAUUUGUGCAUCCUUUGUCAAUACUGUGGAGGCCAGGGAUGGGGCUGUGAAGAUGAACAUGCAACCUGAUGAGAAAAUAUCCAUCUGGAAAGUUUAGGGUAAAACUUUCUUUUAUUCAGAUUGUACUAUUCAGUUCUAAAAUAAAUUGUGUUUGACUGCUUGGUGAAGAAAUGCUUCCCCUGCACUGAUUCAUUCAGUAACAACCUAGAAAUGUUAACGCCACUCAUUAGGCAAAGCUGGAUCCACAUCUGGGACUGUGCUGCCAGGCCUUCUGGCCUCCUCUCCUGAGUGUUUUUCUGUUUCCUGACCUCAUUUUCAGGCUGGCCCUCUCUCCAUAAUGGGGAAGAGGCCAGUGUCCCCCCAAAGCACACAUCCUUAAAGUCUGUGAUCCCAAAAGAAGAAAGAUAACCUCCUUUUCUGGGGUCCACUAAUCAGAUUCCACAAAAGGAUGGUUGUUUUCUCUGGAACAACUGCCCUUGAAUUGGGCCAGUCCCUGUGGGAAAAGGGACAGGACCCCAUGAUCUUGGCCAGGGCUGGGUCUUAGGCACUGUAUUUGGUAAUUCAUGUCAGAAUCACCUUGGUUGAGUGGUGGGCCUUCUCCUAAAAGGAAAGGAUUUAGAGCAAACUGAAACAGCAGGUGUUGACUUUAGAAGGCAAGACUGAAAAUUAUGAAAUACUUGAGAAAGUUUACAGUCACAGUGAUUUUAUUCCAGUCACAUAAUACAGUAGAGCCAGAUAUGAAUCCGAGUUUCCAGUUUUAUUUUCAGGAUUGAAGAAUGAUAGAAGAGCCAUUGCUUCUUCAUAGAUCUGCAGUUCACUGGAGUUAGAACAGUCAAGGUAUUCUGUAGCUCUUUGCUUUCGUAAAAGUUCACCCAAAGUGAAAAUUCUACAUCAGCACUGGUCCUUGUUGCAGAACAUCACUGAGGUCUAUUUUAUAUAUUAUUCAUUGGGAAAGAGAAAAUGAUAGAUUUUUUUCAAUAACUUUUUGUAUAUAUCUGUUUAAGUGCCACAACUUUUAUUAAAGGUUAACUUUGUUAAGAAACCCAAAUUAUGUUUUAGAGCCCUAUCUUUUCUUAGCUACAGCUUUUUUGAGAGCUUCACUGGGAGAAAUUCAAAUACCUUAAAAUUCACUCUUAAAGAUUCAGCUUUUUUUUCUCUUAGUAGUCACAGAGCCAUGAAGCCAUCACCACUGUCCAAUUCCAGAGCAUUUACACCACUCCAGAGAGAAGUCCUCUCUCCAUUAGCAGGCACUCCCUUCUCUCCUUGGGUACUCCAGUUCCUAGCAACCACUUACACAUUUUCUGUUUAUAGAUUCACUUAUUCUGGGCAUUUCAUAAACUUAGAAUUAUGUAACAUGUGACCUUUUGUGACUGGAUUCUUUCUUCAUGUUU